CAAAUAUGGCUAACAGAACAUGCGUUGUUUGUUAACAUUUUUAAAUUCUCAAAUCUUCAUUAUUAAUCUGAAGUUUAAAUUUAAAUUUAUAGUUUCUAACUUUAUAUGUAUAGGAUUAUUAAGAAUAUUUUCAUAAUAAAAAUUAAAUACAUUUAAUUAAAUUAGAUUCAUUCUUAGUAUCAAUGUCAUCAAAUGAAAGAGUAAAGAAACCUUUUGAUAAGAAGAAAUGGCGAACAAAACAAUAUAGUAAAAAACAAAAGAGUAAGAAUUAGAAUAAAUAUAAUAUGUGAGAAGCCUAUUAGGUUUUGAUUUUAUUUUGUCACUCUAUUUUUAAAAUUGCCAAACUUUUUUAAAUUGUGAUUUCAAUGCAAAUUAAAUGUAAUCUUCUUAAAAUAAAAGUUGUCUAUAAUGUGUCAAUUUAAUAUUCCUUUCAGUUCAAGAAUGGGAAGAGCGUCGCAAAAAAGCUGUAAUACGUGAUUAUUACAAAGAAUUAAAUAAAUGUGAUGUAGGGAAGAGAUCUGUGGAUCAAGUAAAUAAUGAUGGCAACAGUCCUAUUGCACAACCCAAAAGGUAGUUGCAUAAUUGUUACUUUAAUUGCAUCUCAUUAUAUUAAUUAAUAACUGUACUUUGGGUUGCAACUUGUAUUGAAAAUAAAUAAUUAUAAUAAUUUUUAUUUUACAUAAAUAAAUAAAUUCAAAGGAAUUUAUAAUUUUUCUGAUUUAGGGUAAAGCAGCUGUAAUAGUAGUUCUUUUCUGUUUGUUAUAAAACUCAGAACAAUUCUCUUGAAUAACAGAAUACUCUCCAAGUUUAAAGUAUAUUGGUCAAAUAAUUUGUGAUAUGCAAAUUUUACUGAUUUCUAGUUAACCAGCUAUACCACUAUUCCUCUCACUAAACUAGUCUCAGAAUAGACCUUUAUACUGAUAUACAUAUAGCUUCUAAGUUGCCAAUGCAUCCACUAAAUAGUUUCUGAUAUAUCAAUUUAAAAUUGUAUUACCCAAAUUUAUCUAUCAAUAGUUACUACACAGAAAAUAAUGUUUUGUUAAUUCACUGCUAAAUACAAAAACAGUAUGAUCUGUUUAAGAUUUAGCAAAUAGCUUUUUAUGCACUACAGUAUUUUUAAAAUUCCUGUGAAUUUCAUAAGCCCAAAAUCAAAAUUGAGAUUGCUAAUUCAAAUCACCAAAUUAUUGCUAAAAUCUAUUUUCUUUGUAGUAUCUACCUAUAGAAAAUUUUUAGACUGGUGACCGUUUAAAACUGGCAUAAGUCAUAAAAUAUUUAGUGGCUGCAUUUUAAACUUUGAGAGUAUAUGUAUGUCAAUAGUAAAAGUGUUUCUUAAUAUUCUAACUGGUUUAGCCUUUGCUUUGCAAUAGUCAUUCAACUAGAAAUCAGUAAAAUUUGCAUUUCACAAUUUAUUUGGCCAGUAAAUUAAAAACUUAAAUAUGUGUAGGUUGGAAUUCAAAACGUUUUGUUCUGAGUUUUAUAACAAUUUUUCAAUUAUAUUUUCUGUUACAGAUAUUUUGUCAGAAAUUAACAAAUUAAAUAAAAAUUAGUUUAUAUUAUUAUAUGGAUACUAUAUCUAUUUGGCCUUGAUAUUUUUUUACCUUACAGACUUUUAAUUUCAGUUUUAAAAUUGAAAGAUGUGCUAUAAAAACUACCAAUCUUUAAUUGGUGAUUGAUGUGUACCAUAAAAUUUAACUAAAUAAGGUUUUUAUAAGUCUAUGUUGUGUAUAUUAUAUGCUAAUGAAAUGUAUAGAAAAAAAAAUGAUCACUUCCAAAAUGACCCUUUCGUUAUUUUUUAACUAUUCAAAUUAAAAUUAUUAAAAGUGACUUUUUAUGACUGGUAAUUUGUUUGUAUCAAUUAAAUAUUGUACCUAACACAACUAUUUUUGAUAGGUAUAAUCCACAUAGACAGGCUCAAGAACGUUACCAACAGAUUCAAGAAGAAAAAAAAGCUAAACGCUUGGAUGCAAUAAAAAAAAAAGAAGAAGUAAGACUAGCACUUGAAGAAUAUAAAAAAAAGAAAAUGUAUAAAAAUAAAAAACUGGGGAAAAAAACAAAAAAGGGACAACCAGUAAUGAAAGAAAGAUUAGAAUUAUUAUUAGAAAAAAUACAAGCUACUGUUUGUAAUAAUAACGCAUAAUUUAUUUCUAUUGACUAUUACUUUUUGUAAUUUAAUUUAAAUAAAUAUUGCAAAUAUUA